GCAAAGUAGUAUCAAUAUUCUCUCUCAUGAAUUUUGCAGAACAUAAAAAUAUCCUGAUUUUUUCAAGUUUUUUUAUAUUUAACUUCUUAUGCUCUACCACGGAUUUAUAUGCUCAAUACUAAAGAAUUUCUCGUUUUAAAAGUUUAUUCGUAUUGGUAUCUUAAAAUUAAUCGUAUUAAAGUAUUACGGCAAUGCUCGUGUGUUCAAUUUGUACAUAAUGACAUUUAGGGAAGUAUAUCAAGUGACUUUGCUGGUUUUCUUUGUAACAAAUGUUUUCGCCUGUCCAGACUCGGCAAUUCCUUACGAAGAUAUAGCAGAUGCUCUGCAAACUUCAAAAGCAGUUUAUGAUGACAAGCUUAGCAUCAAUUCACUUGUCCCUUACACUUCCUUUCAUAUCAAAAAAGUUUAUCUGUUUGAUAACAAUGAACUUGAUGAGCCGUGUAUCGAUGGGAGCCUAAAAGUAAUUAUUGCUGAAAGGGCAUUCACCACUAUAGUCGCAAUGAAGGGCCCAAAUGGGCCAACUUCUGUGAAACCGGAGUUGUUUAAGUAUCUUCAGAUAUUUAAAGGAACAGAAGUUAUUUUUGCCGGAAAUCACACUUCGAUUAACAUUUGCUUUUGGAAAUCAUUUAAAAUUAUGCUCCCUAGUAUACGAAACCAAUUGCAAGAUCAAGCAAGAAAGUAUAUUAUAACUGGUCAUUCAACCGGUGGAGCUAUAGCAUCUAUAUUAGCGCUUUAUAUGAAAGUUCAGGAAGGAAGAAUGUGGGAGAAUUCAGGAACGUGCUUAAUUACGUUUGGUCAACCUCGAGUUGGAGAUGAGUUGUUUGCAAAACUACAUGAUUCAAUGAUUGAUCCAUUUCGAAAACUUCGUUUUAUUAAUGACAAAGACCCAAUACCUCAUGUUCCCAUAUGGAAAACGGCAGUUCAUCAUUCAAGAGAAAUUUGGAUGGCGUAUGAGCCCAUGACAAACAAAAGUUACUGGAAAGUUUGCGGAAACAUGGAUCCAUUAAAAUGUAGCAAUAUGUGGGUUCUUCAUACCUCGCCAGAAAAUCACGCAAUUAAAAGUUACGAAAAUUUUAUAAUGAACCCUCCGUCGGUAUUUUUGGAUAAAUUUUCAACGCGCUACAAACGCUGGCUUGAUGCCUUACAAAACUCUUGUGUUGUCAACUAUAAAAUUGAAAAAAUUGAACACAAAGGAAUACUUGACAUUAAUAUAUGGAAGAAGCAGAGAACUGUAUAAAUUGAAAUUCUACUGAAAUUAAUGAUUAACCUGAUCAAUGCUAUAAAAGUUUGAACGCGCAAUGUACAGCAAAUUAAUCCAGCCAUUUUUAAAAAUAUUUUUAAUUAGUCUUUUUUUA